GGCAGACAAAGCCGCGGUAAUGAAUGGAGCGUCCGCCCGCGCCGCCGUCGUCCGCAGCCGGCCGGGAGCCGCCCCAGAGGCCGGGCCGAGCGUCUGAAAACGUCGUUUCGUGCACGGCGUCUGGCUUAUGAGUUGUCUGAGGUCAACCUGGUUUCCUUUGUUUUGUUCAUCAUGGCUAGAAGUGGAAGUGACUGUAAUGCACAAGGGUCACGUGUAUGCUGUCAAGAUGAUCAGGCAGAUCCUGUCCUCAGGACCAGAAGCACGUCUCUGCUGCACACAUCGUUGUCUACACCAUGAGUAUUUAGUAGCAGGACUCUUGGAAAGCAGUGAUCUACGCUCUAAGACCAUGAGUCACAGAUUCUUUUUUUCAGUACUAUUUAUGAUUAGCCAUAUUUCUAGAAACAUCCUGAAAGAUGGAAUUAUGAUGAAAAAGUGAAGAUAAUCUACAUUCGGGGGCACAAAUGAGCAUUUGGAUCAGUGUUUUAUGAACCUAAGAUACAGCCGGAGUAGUUAUGGUCAGUCAUGGAGAAUAACUUGAAAACUUGUCCCAAAGAGGACGGUGAUUUCGUUUCUGAUAAAAUAAAGUUUAAAAUAGAAGAGGAAGACGAUGAUGGAAUUCCUCCUGAUAGUUUGGAAAGAAUGGACUUUAAAAGCGAGCAGGAGGACAUGAAGCAGACGGACAGCGGUGGGGAGCGAGCGGGCCUCGGUGGGACGGGUUGCAGCUGCAAGCCCCCGGGGAAGUACUUGUCUGCAGAGAGUGAGGAUGACUAUGGCGCGCUGUUCUCCCAGUACAGCAGCACCCUAUACGACGUGGCCAUGGAGGCCGUGACCCAGAGCCUCCUUUCCAGCCGGAACAUGAGCUCCAGGAAGAAGUCUCCAGCCUGGAAGCAUUUUUUUAUCUCUCCCCGAGACAGCACUAAAGCAAUAUGCAUGUACUGUGUGAAGGAGUUCAGCAGAGGCAAAAACGAGAAAGACUUGAGUACCAGUUGUCUCAUGAGGCACGUGAGGCGCGCACACCCGACCGUGCUCAUUCAGGAAAAUGGCAGCGUGUCUGCCGUGUCCUCGUUCCCCUCUCCCUCACUCCUGCUUCCACCGCAGCCUGCGGACGCGGGUGACCUCAGCACCAUCCUCUCACCCAUCAAACUUGUCCAGAAAGUGGCGUCUAAGAUCCCGUCCCCCGAUCGAAUAACAGAGGAGUCUGUGUCUGUAGUUUCUUCUGAAGAAAUCUCCUCUGACAUGUCCGUUUCGGAGAAGUGCGGCAGAGAAGAAGCCCUGGUGGGGUCGUCUCCCCACCUCCCUGCUCUCCAUUACGAUGAACCUGCAGAGAACUUAGCGGAGAAGAGCUUUCCACUUCCAAAGAGCACCUCCGGGUCCAGGAGAAGGUCCGCCGUCUGGAAGCACUUCUACCUGUCGCCACUGGACAGCUCCAAAGCUGUCUGCAUUCACUGCAUGAACGAGUUCAGCCGGGGGAAGAAUGGGAAGGACCUGGGCACGAGCUGCCUCAUCAGGCACAUGUGGAGGGCACACCGCGCCAUCGUGUUGCAGGAGAACGGGGGCACGGGCAUCCCGCCGCUGUACUCCGCCCCUCCCACUCUGCUGCCCUCCUUGCUGCCGCCGGAGGGGGAGCUCAGCUCUGUGUCCUCGUCUCCGGUCAAGCCGGUCAGAGAGUCUCCUUCGGCCUCCCCCUCCCCUGACAGGCUGACUGAGGACCUGCAGUCUCACUUGAACCCUGGAGAUGGGCUGAUGGAAGACGCGGCGGCCUUCUCAUCUUCCGAUGACGUAGGGGAGGCCUCGGCGUCCUCUCCCGAGAAGCAGCAGGCUGAUGGGCUGAGUCCUAGAUUGUUUGAAUCUGGCGCCAUCUUCCAGCAGAAUAAAAAGGUCAUGAAGAGACUGAAGUCGGAGGUCUGGCAUCACUUCUCCCUGGCCUCCAUGGACAGCCUCAAGGCCGAGUGUCGGUACUGCGGCUGUGCCAUCAGCCGGGGGAAGAAGGGUGAUGUGGGCACCAGCUGCUUGAUGAGACAUCUCUACCGGCGCCAUCCAGAAGUUGUCGGGAGCCAGAAGGGCUUCCUGGGUGCGAGUCUGGCAAACUCUCCGUAUGCCACUUUGGCCUCUGCAGAAAGUUCCUCUUCCAAAUUGACUGACUUGCCAACAGUGGUCACAAAAAACAAUCAAGUUAUGUUUCCUGUUAAUAGCAAAAAGACCUCGAAGCUGUGGAAUCAUUUUUCUAUUUGCUCCGCAGACUCCACAAAAGUCGUGUGCUUGCACUGUGGCCGGACCAUCAGCCGGGGGAAGAAGCCGACUAACUUGGGUACCAGCUGUCUUCUGAGACAUUUACAGCGGUUCCAUAGCAACGUGCUGAAAACUGAGGUCUCGGAGACGGCUCGGCCCUCCUCUCCGGACAUCCGGGUGCCGCGGUGCACAGAAUUAUCAGGCGCUUCCUCUUUUGAUGACACCAAUGAGAAGUUUUACGAUUCUCACCCAGUUGCCAAAAAAAUCACAAGUCUCAUAGCUGAAAUGAUUGCACUUGACCUCCAGCCAUAUUCUUUUGUAGACAAUGUUGGCUUUAACAGGCUGCUUGAAUACUUGAAACCUCAGUACUCCCUCCCCGCCCCUUCCUACUUCUCCAGGACAGCUAUCCCAGGUAUGUAUGAUAAUGUGAAGCAGAUAAUUAUGUCCCACCUUAAGGAAGCUGAGAGUGGUGUGAUCCACUUCACGUCUGGAAUAUGGAUGAGUAACCAGACCCGCGAGUACCUGACCCUCACGGCCCACUGGGUUUCCUUCGAGUCGUCAGCCCGGCCACGCUGUGACGACCACCACUGCUCGGCGCUGUUGGACGUGUCGCAGGUGGACUGCGACUACAGUGGCAACAGCAUUCAGAAGCAGCUGGAGUGCUGGUGGGAAGCGUGGGUGACCUCCACCGGCCUUCAGGUGGGCAUCACCGUCACCGACAACCCCAGCAUCGGGAAGACGCUGAGCGAGGGGGAGCACUCGAGCGUGCAGUGCUUCAGCCACACGGUGAACCUGAUCGUCAGCGAGGCCAUUAAGAGCCAGCGGAUGGUGCAGAACCUGCUGAGCCUCGCCCGGAAGAUCUGCGAGCGGGUGCACCGGUCGCCCAAGGCGAAGGAGAAACUGGCCGAGCUGCAGAGGGAGCACGCGCUGCCUCAGCAUCACCUCCUCCAGGACGUCCCGUCCAAGUGGAGCACGUCCUUCCACAUGCUCGAGCGGCUCAUUGAGCAGAAAAGGGCCAUUAACGAGAUGUCCGUCGAGUGUAACUUCCGAGAGCUGAUCAGCUGCGACCAGUGGGAGGUCAUGCAGUCCGUGUGCCGUGCGCUAAAGCCCUUCGAGGCUGCGAGCCGGGAGAUGAGCACGCAGAUGUCCACCCUCAGCCAGGUCAUCCCCAUGGUACACAUCCUCAACAGGAAGGUGGAGAUGCUCUUCGAGGAGACGAUGGGCAUCGACACCAUGCUGCGCUCUCUGAAGGAGGCCAUGGUGAGCCGCCUGUCUGCCACCCUCCACGACCCGCGGUACGUCUUCGCCACGCUGCUGGAUCCUCGCUACAAGGCCUCCCUGUUUACGGAGGAGGAGGCGGAGCAGUACAAACAGGAUUUAAUCAGGGAACUCGAACUCAUGAAUUCUACCUCAGAGGACGUGGCUGCCUCCCACAGGUGUGAUGCUGGCUCCCCGUCGAAAGACUCUGCCGCAGAGGAGAACCUGUGGUCACUUGUGGCCAAGGUGAAGAAGAAAGACCCAAGAGAAAAGCUGCCUGAGGCCAUGGUGCUUGCGUAUCUGGAGGAGGAGGUGCUUGAACACAGCUGUGACCCGCUCACCUACUGGAACCUGAAGAAGGCGUCCUGGCCGGGGCUGUCCGCGCUGGCCGUCAGAUUUUUGGGCUGCCCCCCAAGCAUCGUCCCUUCAGAAAAGCUGUUCAACACACCCACUGAGAACGGUAGCCUUGGCCAAUCCAGGCUCAUGAUGGAACAUUUUGAAAAACUUAUCUUUUUGAAAGUGAAUCUUCCCUUAAUAUACUUUCAGUAUUGAAACUCACGACGGCACCACUAGGCCAGAGGCGUGGCUGCCCCAGCGUUAGCAGCCUGUACCAGGUCUGUGACCCACUCUGCCCACGGCUGUGCACGACAUCAGACCAGGCACUCUCAGGGCCGCUCUCCAGCUCACCACAGUGUCUCCACGUGCCUUACCCCUUGUCCUUCAGGCCAAGUUUCGCGGGGUGUUUUAUUAAGACGUCCACCAGAAAUAGCUUGUCCUGUCAACUAUGAAAUAUGGUGACUAGAUUUUAAUUCAUAACUGUAAAGUUUUUUAAAGUUUUGGGUUAGUAAUUUGUUUUACUAGAAUGACAAAGAAGAUGUAAACCAUUUUAUUCUGUAGGCUUUUUACUCAAUUAUGUACAAACCACAAAUCAGGUACUGUAUUUUAGUGAAGCAUUGCUUUAAUUGCAACAGAAUAGCUUUUGUGGCUAUCAAAUGAAAUCUGUAAAUAGGAGGUGGAGGGCAAGCCAUCCUGACUGAGCAGUUUUUAACCGCAGGUUCUAAAGUGUCCCGCGGAGUACAGAUAAUAUUCUGGAAGGUAACUGUUUACUACGACAGAGACGUGGCAUUUGGAAACGAAACUUAGAUGUUUCAUGGAGCUUAUUUUGAGAACUUUCCCAUUUCAGGUUUCUGCAUUCAGGCUUUACAUGGUCAGUUAACUCAGAGAUACCCCAGCUGUUUAUCAUCAGCUCCUCUGAAAUGUGAUCCCUUUGUAACUGUGCUCAUCACUUCGCCAGUGCGUUCAAUGACACACUGAUGGCAGGUGGUCCCUGCUGAAACCCCCACGCCUCCGCUUCAGCAUCUCCACGCUCUGAAGCUGUCUUUCGAAAUGUGUGCACUGACCCCCUUGUUUGAUCAAAUUUGUGUAAAAUUUUUUUAGAAGAGAUGGCUUAUUAACAGGGAAGAAGCUUGUUAUAUUCCAGUUGUAAGAAUAGCCUUAGUGUUUAGAUUUUUUUAUGAUAGGGAAGAUGCGGCCAUCACUGGGAUAUUUUCGAAUCCCAAGGACAUCAGAGUGAAGUAUCAGUUGUCAGAUGAUUUUAAAAGUUAUGUCUUCAGAGAAAAAAAGAUUAAUUUUCUCAUUUUAAACCAAUUAAAUAUCCUGAGUGAGACAAAUCACUCAUUUGCCUACAACCUUUUAGAAAAGUUGUUGUUUUGUUGAAAUACUGUACCUACGCUUAAUCUAAAUUUGCAUUGACUAUGUUUUAGUGUAUUUAUAAAUGGUGAACUCAGUUUCUGAAAUUAAACUUUUUAUUUGCAA